AUGCUUUCUAGGCGAGUUCUGGGCGAACUAGUGUUUAGUGAAAACAUUAGUGUGGGUGAAAUUGCAGAAGAGAGCAUUUGUAAAGAUGCAGGUACCGAUUUUUGUGACAUUGAAUCUGACAGCAGUGCUGAUGAAAUUACUCCUGAAGCAAGCAGCACAAUAACUGGUUUUGAUGAUGAGUCCUAUAGUACUAGUAGGAAUCUCUUUCAUGCUGCAAUGUUUCUUAAUGAUAAAAUUAAAGGAUGUAAACCAUUUUAUGACAAUUGGCCGCCUUCUCCUUCUGAUAUAAGUAUUUCUGUCAUGGCUUCUUGGUUUUACUACAGAUGUAUUAUUUAA